CGCCCCCGAGGCCGCCACGGAAGGCGGCUCCCGCUGCAGGAACCGGCCCCCGGGCCCCGGGCCCCGGGCUCCGGGCCCCGGGCCUGCCCUCCCCGGUUUCCGCCGCCUGAGCCGAGUCCUCGCGCCACCGGAAGCUCCCGCCGGGCCGCUGGGAGGCGGCGGCGGCGGCGGCGGCGGCGCCAAGAUGCAGAAACUGAGGCGCAGAGAAGUUACUGACCUUGUCCCAGGACCCACAACUAAUGGGGUAACCGAGACUCGCUGUGCAAAAGUGACUUUUACCUAAGAUACUCUGGACAGGGCAGAGCUAAUAUGCAUGGAACUUGCAUUUUUGGACCUGACUCCAGAACCCUGGGGAUUUCCACUGGGGCACUGAACACCCACACCGAGGAUCCUAGGCUGCUCGGAGGUUCCAGGGAACAUAGACAAGUCACCGACUGGGGCUCUCUCUGCCCCUGUCCCCUGGGGAGGAAGUGGAGGAAGCCAGUGGCAGCCUGAGGUCCUCCGACAGGGGAAACUCUAACUGUGGUUCCUGAAAGUCCGUGACACGGUUCUUUUUUCUCUCUGACUUGCUCUCCCCUCCCUCUUGCUCAAAAGAAUGACUGGACACUCCUAGAGCCUGCAGUCACCAUCCAGGGGAUUUUUUUCACCACAAAGGGUAAUUCCUGUCUCAUCCCUGCUGUGACUCAGCUGUGACGUUGAACCACACAAGCCAGCGAGAAGAUAAAAUCAUCAGACUCCUGCUCAUCAGAGAGGGUGGCCCGGACAGAACUCACCUCUUCUCCCAGCACAGACUCCACGCAGCUGGUCCCCUCCACAGAGGAGCUUGAACAGGGCCCCCCCACCAGCCAGCCUGGGACCCCGAGAUGGCCUCUGGCUCGGCCAGCAGCCCCCGCCCGGCCCCCGAUGAGAACGAGUUCCCCUUUGGGUGCCCCCCCACCGUCUGCCAGGACCCACCAGAGCCCAGGCCCCUCUGCUGCGCCGUCUGUCUCUCUGAGAACGUGAGGAAUGGUGAGGAUCGCAUCUGUCCCAAAUGCAAAGGGGAUGACACACCAUCCGAAAGGCCAGGAAGCCUUAUGUCUCAGGAGCAGGAUCACCCCGAGGUGGCUGAGGCUGGAGUUGGGUGUCCCUUUGCAGGUGUUGGCUGCUCCUUCAAGGGGGGCCCAAAGUUCAUGCAGGAGCAUGAGGUCACCUCCCAGGCCACCCACCUGAACCUGCUGUUAGGGUUCAUGAAACAGUGGAAGGCCCAGCUGGGCUCUGGCCUGGGGUCUGGGCCCAUGGCCCUGGAGCGGAAUCUGUCAGACCUGCAGCUGCAGGGGGCUGUGGAGGCAGCUGGGGACCUAGAGGUGGACUGCUACCGGGCCCCCUGCUCCGAGAGCCAGGAGGAGCUGGCCCUGCAGCACUUCAUGAAGGAGAAGCUCCUGACGGAGCUGGAGGGGAAGCUGUGCGUGUUCGAGAACAUCGUCGCCGUCCUCAACAAGGAGGUGGAGGCCUCCCACCUGGCCCUGGCCGCCUCCAUCCACCAGAGCCAGCUGGACCGUGAGCACAUCCUGAGCUUGGAACGGAGGGUGGUGGAGCUGCAGCAGACCUUGGCCCAGAAAGACCAGGCCCUGGGCAAGCUGGAGCAGAGCUUCCGCCUCAUGGAAGAGGCCUCCUACGACGGCACCUUCCUAUGGAAGGUCACCAGUGUCACCAGGCGGUGCCAUGAGUCAGCCUGCGGCAGGACCGUCAGCCUCUUCUCCCCAGCUUUCUACACUGCCAAGUACGGAUACAAGUUGUGCCUGCGGCUCUACCUGAAUGGGGACGGGACGGGGAAGAGGACCCACCUGUCCCUCUUCAUCGUGAUCAUGAGAGGGGAGUAUGACGCUCUGCUGCCGUGGCCUUUCCGGAACAAGGUCACUUUCAUGCUGCUCGACCAGAACAACCGUGAGCACGCCAUCGACGCCUUCCGGCCCGACCUGAACUCAGCAUCCUUCCAGCGGCCCCAGAGCGAAACCAAUGUGGCCAGCGGCUGCCCGCUCUUCUUCCCCCUCAACAAGCUGCAGUCACCCAAGCAUGCCUACGUGAAGGACGACACCAUGUUCCUCAAGUGCAUCGUGGAGACAAACGCUUAGGGCAGGAGGGGCCGAGCAAGCCGCACCCGGGUCCCGAGGGAGCACCCGCUCAGACGGGGGUUCAGCAAGAUGACUAAGGUCCUGCCCUUGGUGCCCAAGAUCCCAAGGCACAAUGAUGGGCCGGGGCUGGCAUGAUGUGAGCCGAGCUGACAGAUUGACCGUGGCUAGCUAUCAGCUUAGUGUGGCAGGACCUUGGACUGGGCCCACAAGGGUAGAGGGUCCCAAAGGAGGUGGUGCAGGACUGAUCCCCCUGCACUGAGCAUGCAGCACUGGAGCCCUGAGAGCCACCCGGCCCUGAAUGUUGAGAUGGACUCCGGCCAAGAUGGGGAGGGUGUGGGGACCAGUCUGGGGUGUGGAUGGGGAGCUGGAGAUGUGGGACCUCAGCAAAGAAGCUCCAGGGAUGGGAAGACCUCUGCAGGCCGCCAUGGAGAGUGAGCUUGCUCUCGUCCUGCUUGGGAUCAGAACCAGGACCAGGGGGUGGAAGUGACAGGGUGCCAGUGUGAAUUCAAUCUGUCCCAUCCUGGACCGAGUUCCCCAGCACUGGAGGUGAACAAGCAAAACCAGGGGGCUAUGCUGCAGGGAGGGCAUCAAAUGGGGGGAGGGGUGGUUUUGAAGACCUUCAUGGUUCCUUCCAACCCAGAGUCUCUGACUCUAGGCCUCCUGGGCCAGAUGAGGCCUAGUGCCGCAGGGGGUCUGGACACAUUCAGGAGCCUGAUGCCCUCCAGUUUCCUGACUCACCUUCAGUACCGCCAGGUGGGCUGAGCUGGCCUGCACGGCACCUGCCACCCUGGGCCCGGCAGUCCGCUGCCCUCCAUGCAGAGCCACGCAGAGGCCCUGUGUCCUGCACGUCCCCCAGCUGAGCGCCCCUCCACCUCCUCCAGGUGAAACCAGGUCCCUAGCUCCCAGAGGCAGCUGGAAGGAGCGUGGAGAAGGAGAGGGGCACAGACUCUCCACACUGCCUGCCUGGGGGCCCCACUCUCGGCCAUUUCCAGAAUCCCGUGUCACCCGAUGAACGAAGGUAACCACAUCUCUAGUUGACGGAUAAGGACCGCUGAGCCACCCGCAGAUGUUGUCCUUUUAUAUGUAUAAAACCAAAGAAAGAAUUUUUUAAAAAUCUCUUUUGCACUUUUCAUAAAGGGUAUGGUUGUGGGAGUUGGUGGUGACUUGUGAGCUCUGGGUGGUGCUGUCAGUUUUGCAGGUGGCAUCCAAGGCUGGUGUGCUGGCAGGAACAUGCCUCUCUGCCUCAGUCUUCUGUCUGUAAUGGGGGAACCGCCCCGGCCUGCCUCCCUCGCUGAGUUCUGUGACCUCAAAGGAGAUGCUACACAGGAGAGGCUAGAGAGAGAAAGGCCCGGGCACCACUGCCCACCUGGCCUGGCCUGGCUGCGGCCCAUGCUUGUCUUCUCACCUUGGAGGUCCCUACACAACCAGUUCCUGUAGGGACCCUCGCCCGUCUUUCCAGAGCCCUGAGGCUGCACGUUGCUGCUCAGAGAUGCAGGGCAGACCCCCCGCUCCUCUCCCCACCAGCCUUCCCUGCAGCUUACUCUUCCUCUAUUUGCCGAGGCUGUGAUGAGCUUCACGCCUCACACCCUCAGGGUUCUCAUCUGUGAAAUGGGUCAGCAGCCCUGCCUGUCCUCUCUAGCCCAGCGUUUGUGAGGAUGAUGCUCACAUAAGCGGUGACGGAGCAGCACGGCCCAGUGGGGUCAGUAUAUCAGAAAACCCAAACCCACCCCUAGUCCAGACCUGGUAUCCCAUCAUGCCUCAGCCUCUUCAUUUACAAACACGGGGAAGCAUCCUGCCUGGCCCUGCCCAGCUCACAAAGUUUUCACGAGGCCCAAAUAUGAUACCCGAGCCCUAGUGCUUUGUAGUGUAAUGGCAUCUUGCCACACGUGAUAGGCUACAAACGUGUCAGGGCUUCUUUUUCUCGUCCCCGCUGCUGACAACCUGUCAUGAGGCUGACAUGCUUCCUUGAUGUGUGUAGAAACAAAGGUCUGGCCCAGCAAGUGAUGGGGACAUCUGUCUCAAAGCUGGUGUCCUGGCCAAAAAAAAAAAAAAAAAUCAUCCCUACUCACUAAGCUAACAAGCAAUUUGUGGGACAAGCACUACUAGGGACAAAUAUCACUCUGUCCCUUUCAUCGCUUGUAUCUGAUGGGAAAAGACACAUACUCUCUUCAGACACUGUGACCUGCAGCCAUUCUUUCGGUAAAGCUUUAUUGAGACCUACUGUGCUGGCCCCUAGGGCGUGGGGAACGGUAAGAUGUGCACCCUACUCUCAAGAAACUCUUAGUGCAGUGGGUGAAACAGGUAUAAGUAGCUCAUUGAAACUGAUACAUAAGAGAGGCUCAGAGACAGCACAGGAACCCAGAUCUGUUGGUUGAAGCACGGAGGGCUUCCUGGAAGAGGUGGCCUGUAAACUCACCCUUAAAAUAUUUUUGAGAUGCAGAGGAUAGGGGUGUGAGGGACAGUAAAGACCCAGAGAUGGGAUGCAGUCUUGCCCUCAGGUAAGGUCUGGGAGGCGGAACCGCGGAGGGGAAGGCAGGAAGGCAGGAUGGGCUGGAGCAAAGAAGGCAUCUAAGGUGGUCCCAACUGCCCGAAAGUAGCAGCACUGGGUGGGAGGUUCCCAAAUCAACCUGCGUGUGACCUUUCAGGCUGUUAACAGCAGGAUGAGAUGAUGAUUUGAAACCGUUACUAAUUUACCUUCCACCAAAGCCCUAUGUUAAGUGCACCAAACACCUGAUGUCUCACCUCUUACAGAUGAUUCAAGAGGAGGGGAGGCAAGACGCAGGCAAAGCUGCUGUUUCAUUGGAUCCUCACAAAACCCUUGUGAGGCAAGCAUGGUGUAAUCCCCUUUUAGAGACUGGGAAACUGAGGCCAGAGAGGCCAGGUGCCCUGCCUAAUGUCAGGUGGGAGAAAGGGAGGCAGUGGAAUUAGAAGCCAGGUCUUUGCUUCUAGUUACUUUCCUUCUUUUAGAUUGACGAGGAAUCUUCCGUUCCUUUUGUGUCUUCAGCCAAGAUGAGGUCACAUCUUCACGGGAAGCCCUGGGAGGCAACGGGUCCCUCUGCUCCCAGCCAGAGGGCCUGCCCGUGGGAACCACAAUGUCACCCCGAUGGUGCCCAGGAGGGGCGCGUGAGCACAGUCAGCAAAGGGAACGUUUGCUGUCACCCGGCGGCUCACAGGCCACCUCGGGGGUGUCCACAGGUGAUCCUCGGACCACCCUGAGCCAUAUGGACGACU